GGUUCACUGUUUUGGUUAGCAUUAGCACUUAGCAUACAGGAAGCUAACUGCAUUUAGUCACAAUUUCACCAACAAUCUUAAACUAAACCUGGAUAUAUGAUCGUAAACCCACGGCGGAGAUAGUUCACAUUUAGUACGAAGAGUUAUAACGUUACCUGGAGUAGAAUUAUGAUGAUUAUUGGCGGGACUGUUGUAAAAAGCUGACCUAAUGUUAGCUUCAAAAUUAUGUUUAUAUUUUUGUACAGUGACAGUACAAGGAAUUCACUUUUUCACAUAAUUUUCACGGGUUAAAAUUCCACAGGUAAGGAUGAUCUGUCAGUUCUUCAUUCUGUCAUCGAAAGGAGACCACCUCAUUUACAAAGACUUCCGAGGAGAGAACAGCAGCGAUGUGGUUCGAGUGUUUUACGAAAAAGUCACAGCUCUGCCCGGAGACCAGCCUCCGGUCGUCAUGAAUCAUAAAGACGUGUAUUUCGUGCAUGUGAAACAGGGAGGACUGUUCUGGGUCGUCACCACGAACUCCGCCUCGUCGCCGUUCACCAUCGUCGACUUCCUCAACAAGCUGUGUUCCCUGGUGAAGGAUUACUGCGGAACCCUGAACGAAAAGUCCGUGCAGAUGAACUUUGCUCUGAUCUACGAGCUCCUGGAUGAAGUUGUGGAUUACGGGUACAUCCAGACAACCUCAUGCGACGUCUUGAAAAACUUCAUCCAAACUGAAGCCGUGAGCUCCAGAAACUUCAGCCUCUUCGAUCUCAGCAAUGUGGCUCUGUUUGGAGCUGAGACGCAGCAGAGUAAAGUCGCCCCGAGUUCAGCAGCAACGCGACCGAUUCACCAACGAGAACAGGGGAAGAGUGAAAUUUUUGUGGACGUUGUGGAGAGAAUGACUGUCGUGAUCGGAGCAAACGGCAUGAUGAUGAAGGCCGACGUAGAGGGCGAGAUCCGAGUGAAAUGCUACACGCCGCGCUGUUCUGAGAUGAGGAUCGGUCUAAACGAGGAGUUCAGUAUCGGCCGCUCGCAGCUCAGAGGUUACGGGGCCGCGGUGAGAGUGGACGAGUGCAGCUUUCACCAGAACGUCAAACUGGACGAGUUUGAGUCCAGCAGAAUCCUCAGACUCUGCCCGUCACAAGGAGAGCAGACAGUGAUGCAGUACCAGCUGAGGGAGGAGCUGCCCUGUGCUGCUCCCUUCAGACUUUUCCCCACCGUCGAGAGAGACGCCUCCGGACGAUUACUGAUGUACCUGAAACUGCGCUGUGACCUGCCCCCCAAAAUAGCUGCGAUAAACGUGGAGGCGUCGGUGCACGUGCCCAAAGGCUCUGUGAGUCUGUCGCAGGAGCUGAGCAGUCCAGACCAGAGCGCAGAGCUGAGGCCUCAGAGCCGCGUGGUCAUCUGGUCCAUCCCGAAGGUCAACGGAGGAACGCAGCUCUCCGCCCUCUUCAAGCUGGACGUGCCGGGUCUGUCCUCCUCGUCUCUCCUAGAGGUGGGGCCCGUGGGACUCAGCUUUGAGGUUCCCAAAUGGACCUGCUCCGGGCUCCAGAUCCGCUUCUUGAGACUGAGUCCGGUCCAGCCCAGUCCAGGAGAGAGAUGGGUCCGGCACACCACGCACUCCGACUCCUACACCGUCCGGAUCUGACGCCAGGAAACAGGGAGCGCACUCAGGACACGAACGCUUUAAGAUCCUGAAAUCCUCGUGACAUCAUCGGGUGGUGGUCCUCUGUGUUUCUGAAGUCCACGCUCGCUCUGAUCAUGAGAGUGAGGCCCUCUGCUGGCGACAGGGCUCAAUGACAUUUAGCACAUUAACAAUUACUAAGUUCUACAGCUUAAAUGUUAAAGGUGCAGUGUGUAACUUUACCAUACUUUGGAACAUUUUCCGUCAAGAUAGAUAUGUUUAAAGUCGCACUGUGGAUUAUUAUAGCCAAAGGAACAGCAUUUCUAUGGAAACAAGUGGGAAGACCUCCUCCAGGUCAAAUAAGAGUCAGGUUUGUGGAGAUGUUUUUGUUUGUUUUCUCAGUUCAAUAAAAACAUCCAUAAUAAAAAAAAAAAACCUGAGCAGCUCCACGCAACUUUGAUUGCCACUGAAGUCUAGGCUUUGUCAUCCAAUAACUUCCAAGAAAGUUUCAUGGUGCACUCUUCCGGUUACCGUGAAGCUGUGUUCUCCAUUCCCACUUUCUGCCAGUCCCUCACAAGUUUCUCACUUACUCCAAACUUUCUUUUUGUUGCUCGAUUACCGUUUUCUGCUGCAUCUUUCACUACUUGCAGCAGGACAGAGGCUCUUUUUGC